AUGUUGGCCAAUGGAGACUGCAAUGAUGACUUGGAGGAUUUGCUGGCUCAUUCCAAUCCUCAUCUAAACGUAACCCUCGAAUCCGUUUCAGAAGGGGAAGUGCAAUACAACAUUGCCGAUAUGAUCGUGAUGAGGGAACCGCUUCAGUUUUGCGAUGAGCUAUUCAACCUUCGGGAAAAUGAGUACAGAUUGCUAGAGGUUAGUCUUUUGGGCAGCCAUCUGUUUCCCUUUCUAAUCCGAGCUCUUCAGGACGGAACAUUUCUCCUUUACUCCUUGGAAUUUGAUUUGUACGAAGGUGAUUACUGCCUCUAUCCAUAUCAGUCCUACUUAGACUUUCCAAAAUCCAUAUGGAUUGUUCGCCAUACCUACACUGGAAAAAUGAUCCCAGCGGCUUUUGAGCUAAUGGUGAUUUCAAUGAUAUGCUAUAUCCUCACCAUCGUGGUGUAUAUUUUCAUAAAGAAACUGCGGAAUAUCCUUGGCAAAUGCAUUAUCUGCAGCCUUUUCAGCAUUUGUAUGGUGUACCUCAUUUUCAUACUGGAUUAUUUAAAUUUAUCAAGCGACAUUUGCUCUGCAGCAGGUUACAGUUCGUACUUCUUCAGAAUGGCCUAUAAUCUCUGGCUUUCUGUCAUCAGUUAUCAUAUGUGCAAAUUGUUCAAGUCGGUCAGACGCAGUGAACCUCGAUAUCGGUUUCUGAAAUACAUCUCUUUUGUAUGGGUCACAGCUUCUAUAUCGACCGGAAUCAUAUUUUUGAUUGACAAAAUUUGGGAGAAGGAUCCCAAGGCAUGGAAUUGGAUACCCCAAAUUGGUUAUACUACAUGCUUCAUUAAAUGCACCUUUAAUGUGAUCAAGUUUAUCCUCACAGCAAUUCACAUUUGGAAAGUAAAGAAAGAAAUAAGGAGAUUUGCUCAAGAUAAGAAGACAACGACUACUUGCUUUAAUUUCGACAGUCAGUCCUAUUUACAGUUUCUGAGAAUCUCUGCCAUGAUGGGCGUGUCAUGGAUCCUGGAUGUUAGUCAGUAUUUUAUUGAUGCCAACCAGAUUUGGCAGCUGUUUGUUUUGAUUUUCGAAUACCUUCAUGAUGGUUUUGGUGUUAUCGUUUUUAUUCUGCUCAUUCUAAAGCGCAGCACUAUUGAUCUGAUCAUGGAAAGAUUUCGAGAAAAGUUAUAA